CGUAGGUGAGGAGGAAGAAGAGCAGCGCUCAGAAGGUAAGGAACAAACUGAGAACAAGGAGGGUACUGAGAAAACCGAGUCAGCCGCACCACUCGGCAGAAAAGAGAUGCACGUGAUCUCCGAGAAGAAACGCAGAGAGGCAAUGCGGGAGAAGUACGCAGAACUGAUUGGACUCAUACCGUCGUGCGAUGAGAAGACUACGAAGUUGGAUGUGCUCGGCAAGGCGGCGGACUACAUCGCCUACGUGAAGGAGAAAAUAGACAAAGCAAAACAAGAGCACGACAUGUAUGUACGCUUGGUAGAAAAGCUGGGUCCUAAUGGAAUGAACAAUCCUAUGGGUGCGAUGGCACAUCCGGGCGAGCCGCCGCGAAUGCCAACAAUCGAUCCCAGGAAUUACAACGUCAAUACGUUCAUAUUUGGGAACAAGCCGAUGUAGCUCGGCUGAAUUUCUCAUUUUAAAUAAACAGCGGAAAUUAAUCAUUCGGGCAUUUGCUUGUCCUUUUUAGUCUUGGGACUUUUACUAUGCUGACUGCGAAACUUCCGAGCAAGUGCUAUUUUUGUGUAUAUGACCCCCACGAGGGAUGUGAUUGUUCACGAUAUGGCGCGGAUUUUUAGAGAGCAUACGGGGUUGAUCUCUGUGGCGUGUUUAAGUGAGUUCAUUGCCUCAAAAGGGGUAAUAUAUGUCUGUAAGCAUCGUCAUACAUCA